UCACAUUCAAACUCAUACCCAUGGCUUUGAGAAGUUUCAAUGCCAUUGCUCUUGUUUGCGUGUGUUUUGUUGCAUUUUUCAUCGUUGUUUCAUGUCGGCCGGCCACUUUUCUUGAGGAUUUCAGAGUGACCUGGGCGGAUAACCAUAUCAGGCAACUCGAUGGUGGGCGGGGAAUUCAACUCGUUCUAGACCAAAAUUCAGGAUGUGGGUUUGCUUCAAAACGUCAAUACUUGUUUGGAAAAGUGAGUAUGAAGAUCAAACUCGUCCCUGGCGACUCUGCGGGAACAGUGACAGCCUUUUACAUGAACUCAGACACAGACACAAUACGUGAUGAAUUAGACUUUGAGUUCUUGGGAAAUAGAACUGGGCAGCCAUACACAGUUCAAACAAACAUUUACGCUCAUGGGAAAGGUGACAGAGAGCAAAGAGUGAACCUUUGGUUCGACCCUUCCGCUGAUUUCCAUACUUACUCAAUCUCGUGGUCUCACACGCGAAUAAUAUUUGCUGUGGAUGAGAUCCCCAUAAGAGUGUACAAGAACAACGAAGCCAGGGGAAUUCCAUACCCAAAGCAACAGCCAAUGGGAGUGUAUUCGACGCUGUGGGAAGCCGAUGACUGGGCGACAAGAGGUGGUUUGGAGAAGAUUGAUUGGAAGAAAGCUCCAUUCUAUGCCUAUUACAAAGACUUUGACAUCGAGGGAUGCCCUGUCCCAGGCCCUGCAAACUGCCCUUCAAACCCCAACAAUUGGUGGGAAGGCCCAGCAUAUCGAUCACUCACGCCGACACAAGCUAGAAAUUACAGAUGGGUUCGUAUGAACCAUAUGAUUUAUGACUAUUGCACCGACAAAUCUCGCUACCCCAUCACCCCCCCAGAGUGCAUUGCUGGAAUAUGAAAUGUUUAAAAAAUGCAGAGAUGGUCCAUAUGAGAUACCUAGAGAAAGUAAUUAUUAUUGAACGGAAAUUGUCAUAGGAAACCGAUAUGUAUAAUUUGUCAUUGUCACAACUUCAAUAAUCCUUGUGACCAAUAAAUAUUGUUUAUGAUAUGCUUUCAAAUAACAAA